CCUAGGCCAGGGAGUGGAUGCGGGAAGCGCUGUAGCAGCUAGCGGCAUGGCGAGCACGGCCUCGGAGAUCAUCGCCUUUAUGGUAGCUAUCUCGGGUUGGGUGCUGGUCUCCUCCACGCUGCCCACCGACUACUGGAAGGUGUCCACCAUCGAUGGCACAGUCAUCACCACCGCCACCUAUUGGGCCAACCUGUGGAAGACGUGUGUUACCGACUCCACGGGUGUCUCUAACUGCAAGGACUUCCCCUCCAUGCUGGCUCUGGACGGUUAUAUCCAAGCAUGCAGAGGACUGAUGAUUGCUGCUGUCAGUCUGGGAUUUUUUGCUUCCAUAUUUGCACUGUUUGGAAUGAAGUGUACAAAAGUUGGAGGCUCAGAUAAAGCCAAAGCUAAAAUCGCUUGUUUGGCUGGAAUUGUAUUCAUACUUUCAGGACUGUGCUCUAUGACGGGCUGCUCCCUAUAUGCCAACAAAAUCACGACUGAGUUCUUUGACCCUCUUUAUGUUGAGCAAAAAUAUGAAUUAGGAGCUGCUUUGUUCAUUGGAUGGGCUGGAGCUUCACUUUGCAUAAUUGGUGGUGUUAUAUUUUGCUUCUCGAUAUCUGACAACAGCAAAACACCAAGAAUGGCAUAUGCAUACAAUGGAGCCACAUCUGUUUUGUCUUCUCGGACAAAGUACCAUAGUGGAGAAGGAGAUUUUAAAAACACAAGUUCUUCAAAACAGUUUGAUAAAAAUGCUUAUGUCUAAACAGCACUGCUCCGAAUCAAAAAUCCAAGUUUGCCAUUAAAAUGUGAACUGUUCAGAGAAUGAUUUCCAUCAAGGUUCCACUGUAAUUAACACAAACUAUUUUUAAAAUAUGAAUUGUUGCAUGUAUUGAUUUUAUGGAUGUAAAUUUUCUUACAUAGUUAUGUACUAAUCAUUUUCUGUUACGGCUUUCUUAUAAAAAAAUAAACAGGUUUACUUACCAGGUAUUUUAAUUGAUUGAUAAAACACCUAAACUAGGGAAUAUUUUGUCAAAUACAGUUUAUCCCACAGUAUUUCAAGUUAACCUUCCAAGGGACUCAAAUGAUGAAUGCUAUGACUUUCUGUUCAUUUUAAAAAGAAAACCAAAUAUACCUAAAACUUCAGCUACUUGAAGCUGGCUCCCACCCCAAAACAGUAAGUGCUUAAUAUUGUUGUUUGCUGUUCCUUCUUCCUUUUGGAAGAGGACCAAUGACAUCCAGAGGGUGAUGUCUUGGCUUGCUGUGAAUUGGAUGUAAGUGCUUAAUAAGAGCUUGAUGAACCCAAACUGAAGCUUAUUACCCAUUGGGAAGAUUAGAAUUUGUCUCUGAAACUGUUGAAGUCAAGUGGGGUAGAAGUUAGUGGCUUUAUAAGCCAUUUUUAUUUUACCACCUGUCAAAACAGUGACACUGAUUUGGAGAGUUGAGAAGGAACACUGAUGUUGGAGUGGAAACGAUCUUGACCAAAAUCCCACUGACAAUUAAGUCUUACAUAGUUUCCAGAGACACUUUCUGCUAGGGUGUACAGUUUUAACAUUUGGGGUCAACUGCAGUAAAAUAAUAACAAUAAUAGCUAGCAUUUAUACACCACUAAUAUUUGCCAAGUAGAUAUUAUCAUCUACCUCACAAGGUUGUUGUGAGGAUCAAAUGAGAGAAUAUUUGCGAAUCACUUAGCAGAGUGCCUGGCAUGUAGUAGGUG